UUUCCUUAUAAAGAAUUUCCUGAUUUAAUUUGCUUCUUUGCUGAUUAAACUCUUUUCUUCCUUCAAUGAUCAUGACGAUGAAGAGUUCAAAGUUGGUGGGUCCGCUUCUGAAGCAGCUGGGUCCUCGUUUCUUCUCUUCGGUCACCACAGGUGCUAUGAUCAACGAGCCGGUGAGAGGAAUCCUCCUGAUCAGAACUGCUACCUUCCACCGUGCGGGUACGUUGCCGGUGCCGGGUGUGCGAAACGGAAGCACAGUGGCCUUGGGCAAUACUGAAGUUCAGGAGAAAGAGCUCCCGAACAGCUCAUUAAACGGUGAUGGUCAGGACAAAAAGGGUUUCGUGAGCUAUUGGGGCAUUCUUCCAGCACAGGUCACCAAUGAGGACGGUACGGUGUGGAGGUGGAAUUCGUUCAGGCCAUGGGAGACUUACCAAGCGAACCUGUCAAUCGAUCUGAAGAAGCACCACGAACCAAACACGUUCUUGGACAAGGUGGCAUACUGGACCAUCAAAGCCCUCCGAGUCCCAACAGACAUUUUCUUUCAGAGGCGAUACGGGUGCCGCGCGAUGAUGCUAGAGACCGUGGCUGCUGUUCCAGGAAUGGUUGCAGGGAUGCUCCUGCACUGCAAAUCACUGAGGCGGUUUGAGCAUAGCGGAGGUUGGAUUAAAGCUUUGUUAGAAGAAGCAGAGAAUGAACGAAUGCACCUAAUGACGUUCAUGGAGGUUUCACGGCCCAGGUGGUACGAGAGAGCUCUGGUUUUUGCGGUACAAGGUGUGUUCUUCAAUGUCUACUUCCUUGUUUACUUGAUAUCGCCAAAGCUCGCACACCGUGCCGUGGGCUACCUGGAGGAGGAGGCAAUACACUCCUACACUGAAUUCCUCAAGGAAUUGGACAAGGGCACCAUCGAAAACGUGCCGGCUCCGGCCAUCGCCAUCGACUAUUGGCGCUUGCCAGCAGACUCAACCCUCCGAGAUGUUGUGUUGUCUGUAAGAGCCGAUGAGGCACAUCACCGCGACGUCAAUCACUUUGCUUCGGACAUACACUACCAAGGACAUGAGCUGAGGGAAGCUCCUGCUCCACUUGGAUAUCACUAAAAUCUCAUAAUACUUUGGAAUCUUGGAUGGAGGGACGAUGGUAUCUAUAGUUCAGUUGAAGCUGAAGGAUGGUAUUUUCUGUCUCUUAAAUAUAAAUAAAAGCAGAUCCGUUAAUGAGUUUUUUAUCCAAGUUCUACGUUGUAAAUAUAUAUUAUGACUAAAGGAUGUAACUAUGUAAGGACUUGUUGUUUGA